CCAUGCGGCGGCUGCGGCGCCGCGCGCACCUGGUCCUCUUCUGCCCGUUUGCCAAGGGCUUGCAGGGUCGGCUGCCCGGCCUCAGGGUCAAGUGCGCCCUCCUGGUCUGGCUGGGCAUCUUCGCGGGCAGCUGGCUGGCCUACCUGCACUACGUGUCCUACUCGGAGCUCUGCCGCGGCCACGUGUGCCAGGCCAUCAUCUGUGAGCAGUACCACAAGGGCGUCAUCUCGGGCUCCGUCUGCCAGGACCUGUGUGAGCUGGGCAAGGUGGAGUGGAAGGCCUGCCUCUCCCCGGCCCCGGGCCAGCAGGUGUACAGCGGCCUCUGGCAGGACAGGGAGGUGACCAUCAAGUGUGGCAUCAAGGACACCCUGGACGGCCAGGCCCAGGCGGGCACGGCGCCGCGGCGGGAGCGGGCGCUGUUCGACAAGCCCACCCGGGGCACCUCCAGGAAGGAGUUCCAGGACAUGACCUUCAGCUUCCUCAAGGCGACCCUGGGGGACCUGCCCUCCCUGCCCGCGCUGGUGGCCCAGGUCCUGCUCAUGGCCGACUUCAACAAGGACAGCCGCGUGUCCCUGGCCGAGGCCAAGUCCGUGUGGGCCCUGCUGCAGCGCCACGAGAUCCUGCUGCUGCUGUCGCUGCAGGGCAAGGAGCACGCGGCCCGGCUGCUGGGCCACUGCGGGGACCUGUACCUCACCGAGGGCGCCCCGCACGGCGCCUGGCCCGCGGCCGCACUGCCGCCCCUGCUGCGUCCGCUGCUGCCGCCCGCCCUGCAGCGCUGGCUGGGGCCCGCCUGGCCCUGGCGCGCCAAGAUCGCCGUCGGCCUGCUCGAGUUCGUGGAGGAGCUCUUCCACGGCGCCUACGGGACCUUCUACAUGUGCGAGACCACGCUGGCCAACGUGGGCUACACGGCCACCUACGACUUCAAGAUGGCCGACCUGCAGCACGUGGCCCCCGAGGCGGCCGUGCGCCGCUUCCUGCAGGGCCGGCGCUGCGCGCAGAGCGCGGACUGCACGUACGGCCGCGACUGCAGGGCGCCCUGCGACCGGCUCAUGCGCCAGUGCAAGGGCGACCUCGUGCAGCCCAACCUGGCCAAGGUGUGCGAGCUGCUGCGCGACUUCCUGCUGCCCGGCGCGCCCGCCGACCUGCGCGAGGAGCUGGGCCGGCAGCUGCGCGCCUGCAGCACCCUCAGCGGCGUGGCCAGCCAGGUGGAGGCGCGCCACGCGCUGGUGCUGCGCCAGCUCAAGACGCUGCUCUGGGCGCGCAUCUCGCACACCCAGUACUCCUGA